CGUCGAUCAAAACAAUCGACGAAGAAGACAGUGCAAAAGAUGAAGCCCCCUGUUGUAAACACAAACAAGUAAAUCAACUGUGUCUACACAAACAUGUCUGUUGUUUUUGUGCCAAAGAAACUACGAGGAAAGGCGAAGAUUAACCAAGAAACAAUACAGAGGUUGCUGGAUGAAAACGACCAGUUAAUUAGAUGCAUCACUGAAUACAUGCAAAAAGGACGAGCAGUGGAGUGUGUUCAGUACCAACAGAUCCUGCACCGCAACAUAGUCUACCUGGCAACCAUAGCGGAUGCCAGCCCAGACAACAUGCCUCCCUCUACAAAUUCCACAUCUAAUGCAGCCUCGGCCUCCACACCAAAUGUGAACGGGCAGGGAAAAUGAUGAAGGCAGCUUGUCAGUGCAGUUGGGAUGGUCGGUCAAGUUUGUGACACCACAGGAAAAUUUAGUAACUAUUACUGUGUUUAGUAAUGUUACUCAUUCCAGGAUCACUGGUGUUUCUGUUCAUAAAUCCUAUAAUGUGUGUAUCGCAUGUGGAGAAAAACUUUGAAUUCAUAAUGUCAUGUUUUUAGUAUUAUCUGAAUUAACAAUUGUACAUUAAAAAUUUGUUUUUUUUAAA